AUGGCGACUCAAGGCGUCCCUGAGCAGAUGACUGCGGUCCAAGUGGUCGAGUUCAAUAAACCAUAUGAAAGUCGCAGGGUCCCCACCCCCACGGAUCUGGGUGAGUAUGAGAUGCUCCUCAAGACUGCCACGGCGUCGUUCUGUCACACCGAUACCAUGGUGAUCAAAGCUGCUUUCCCGACAAAGCUACCGUGUACCGCGUCUCAUGAAGGUACCGGCGUCGCGGUCGCCCUGGGGUCUAAAGUGCGCAACUUCAAAGUCGGUGACCGGAUAAUGACAGGCUUGCCGAAAGGGCCAUGUGGCACAUGCAGCAACUGCCAGGGCCCCGACGACUGGCGUCAGUACUGUGAGAACAUCGAAGGGCACAUUGGCAUUUUUGUCGACGGCGCCUUUGCCGAUUACCACGUUGCAGACUGCCGGAACAGCUGCCAUAUCCCCGACAAUGUCAGUUUUUCCGACGCAGCACCACUGGCCUGUGCAGGCAUCACGAUAUAUCGAGCGAUCGCCGUGAGUCAGGCCAAGAGUGGUGAUUGGCUCGCAUUUGUAGGAGCAGGCGGAGGGUUGGGUCAUCUAGGAAUACAAUUCGCACUGGCCAAAGGCAUUCAGGUAAUCGCGAUAGAGGCUCGUGAUGAGGGCAUGGAGCUCUGCAAAAAGUCCGGUGCCAAGCACAUCCUUGACGUGAGAGAGGGUCGAGACAAGCUGGUAGAGGACGUAAAGGCUUUGACCGGCGGCUCGGGAGCAUUUGCUGCCAUCAAUGUGAGCGCACAUGAGUCGGCAGCCACCUUGGCGUGCGCGGUGACGAGGAUGCACGGCACCAUGGUCCAGGUGGCCGCGCCGACCAACAUCAGCGUCGAAUUCGAACAACUGCUUUUCCGAGAUGUCCGGAUCCAAGGGUCGCUGAUUGCGGGACAGGAAGUCAGUCAGCAGAUGCUCAAUGACGUCUCAACGUUUGGCAUUCAUAUAGAAAAGAACCUGGUCUAUGGACUGGAACAAGUGCCCGACCUGGUUAAGCUGGCGCAUUCUGGGAAGAUGAAGGGCAAGGCUAUAUGCGUCGUGGAUAAGGAGCUCGAGGAAGGCACGGCGAAAAAGUAG